AUGAAGGUCUGUUUCAGCAUCGUUCUCCAUGGCGCCGUAUACAUUACGGCAACAUUCGCAGCUGACCCAAACAAUUGCAACACCGCCAAUAAGGAACGUAGUGGCUCAGACUUUACACUCAAGGAAAAUGCUGAUAACACGUACCUGUCCGGCCUUGCUUCGAAAUUGGCAAAUCGACGAGCCACAGUCUCCCAAGUGCUGGACUCGGCCAACCACGCGCUCACCUCAGAGCCAUUAACCAGGCCGAUUUCUGCUUACAUGUGGGAACAUACCGCAGACUUCAAUGACGAAGCCACUGAGAAAUGGGUCCCGCAAGGGUUAACGUCCACGGCGGACUCUUUGGCUGUGGGGACAGUCGAGGGAAGAUCAGCAUGGCUCGUGAGUUGGCAUCUCGAGGACAAUACCAGUGUCAGAGUUACUUUUGUCGACCAAGAAUCGAAGAAAUACCGCCAUGCACUUUUGGUCAACCCUGUUGCAGGCGAUACUUUCAAGGCUGUUCCAGUGCAUGCUGGUGGGAUGGCUUGGUACGGAAAUACACUCUGGGUCGUUGACAGCAGUGGUGGCGAUGGCGCUGUUGGGUUUCGCGUCUUCGAUUUAUCCAACAUCUGGACAAUGGAUUCCGGUGGCGAUACGGUAAUGGGAAAGUCGGGCAGUAGCUAUUAUGCCAUGGGCUACAAGUAUGUCAUUCCGCAGAUCCGGUCUUACACAUGGAACCGGAGCUUCAACUUCCAAUUUUCGUUCGUCGCUCUGGAUCGGAGUACUACACCAGAUAGCCUCUUGGUUGGAGAGUACCAGGUUGCAGACGCGACUGCACCUCGUCGUCUUGCGAGAUGGGAUCUCGAUUACACUACUCGGAAACUCAAGACAAGUGCAGGAAUUGCAAGUGCGAGCUGGGCGUACUGUGUCGAUAUCGAUAGAAUGCAAGGUGCUGUUUCCAACGCCGGCAAGGUCUACAUUUCGCGGAGCAACGGUGAUAGUAACGGAGAUCUCUGGGCAUGGACUCCGGGAAAUGCUGCGAAGAACAAUGCAGGGUUCUUUCCGCCAUCACCUGAAGACUUGAGCUGGGACACCAGGACAGAUACAUUCUAUGGGCUUACCGAAGCAAAGAAUAAGAGGUAUAUCUUGACAUACAAGAAAUCCCAAGUAUCCGUGUAA